AUAAACAAGGUUGCAAAUAAUAACCCGCAAAGUGCUGGCCAACCCAAUCAAGGAAGCAGUGCGAAGUGCAGCAGCCAAGGGGGCCAAACUGCAAAGUCAGUGAAAGUCUGAAGAAGGAAGAAACGAGUCAUGGAGGUGGAGGAGAGCGGUGGUGAUGCAGAUAGGACCCGCAUCGAAAGCCACUGGUAUUGGGCCACAGCAAGCGUGGCGCAAUUUGGAUGGGCCGUAUCUUCGUAUCGAAAAGGUUACGCGGGUGAUCAUCGUUUGAUGCCCUUCAAAGCUUUUGCCGUCGCUUCUUUGUUCCUUGGCGCUUCUGCCUCCGCAUCCGUCUCUUUCCUUAAAGCUUCCGGCAUUCACAAGGUGGAAGAUUUGAUGGAAGUGGGUGCAAGUAUAAGAGCUGGACUUGGAACUCGUCCAAGGGCAGGGGAUGAAUGAGUCUUUUGGCCUUGGUUUAAGGGCAUUUUUUCUUUCUGGGUUUCCAUUUUUCUUUCCUUUUUAGUGCCUUGUAUUACCUUGAUGCAAUGAGAUUUGUGUUUCAGCUCUGUAUCUGCAUAAUCAUCAAACAGAAAACUCUGUCAUUCAUUAUU